AUGGAGCAAAAGGUUAAAGGACUCUUGGAUCAAAUCAACAAAGAUCAUCAAUUGGUGGAAUUUUCACAACAAAAACCAUCGGAAAUUAAACAACGAUUAUUAAUUGGAAUUUUUGGAACACCUGGUUCAGGGAAGACAAGUGUUUGUCAGGAUAUGAAAAAGUAUUUGACUGAAGAGUUGAAGAUUAAUUGUCAGGUCGUUCCUAUGGAUGGAUUUCAUUAUUAUAGGAGGGAAUUGGAUAUGAUGGAAGAUCCUAAACAUGCUCACAGUAGAAGAGGAGCUCCAUUUACUUUUAAUGAUUUGGCUUUUAAAAACUUAUUGGAAAAUAUUAAACAUUCACCUAAUCAGAAAGUGAGUGCUCCUUCCUUUGAUCAUGGUGUUGGAGAUCCCAUUGAAGAUGAUAUUCAUGUAGAAGCCAAUCAAUCAAUUAUAAUUGUGGAAGGAAAUUAUUUGGCAACUUGGCCAAAUGUCACACCAUUGUUUGACAUUUUGAUUUAUAUCCAUACUCAAACUAAGGAAGAGAAAAGACUAAGAAUUAAUGAGUUUUUUAUUGACUUUGAUAAAUUGAGAUCAGGAUUUGUAUCAAUCCCUCAAUUUAGAAGAUGUUUGAGUUCUUUCGGAAUGGAAUUAAAGGAUGCUGAUUUUGAUAAACUUGUUUCGAGGUUUAUUGAUUCGAGCGUCAAUAAGGUGAAUUAUAUUCAAUUUGCUACUGAAAUCGAUAAAGGAAUGGAAAAAGAUCCUAAAUUGGAAACUCUCAACUCUACAGAAUUAUUAAAAUCACAGAAACCACAACUCUCAGCCACUGAAGAAUUAAAUAUUCUAUACGAAAAAUUGAGAUGGGAAGCCAAAACUCAAGGCCAUAUUAUUAAGAAUUACUUCAAGGACUUUGAUCCUCUUAAUCAUGGAGCUGUUACUAGAUCUCAAUUUUUGCAAUGUAUUCCUUUCAGAAACCUGAAUGCUGAAGAAUUGCACUUGAUUCUUGAUAGAUAUGUAGAUGAAAAAGGGGAUAUCAAUUAUCUCCGAUUCCAUGAAGAAAUUGAAAAUGAAAUUAAAAUAGAUGACUAUCCUGAUUAUAGAUUCGAAAGAGCAACCCCUUCAAUUGAGGAACAAGUCGAUGAAAUUGAAAAGGAAAUCAAAAAGGCUUUGAUCAAAUAUAGAAUUAAAUUGGAUGAAUCUUUCCGUGAUUUUGACAGAUUAAGAACUGGCUUUAUCACUAAAGCUCAAUUCAUGUCCACACUAGGUGCCAUAAAGUUCCACAAAAUGGCUUUCAAUCAAACACAGCUCGACAUGUUGGCUGAAAAGUACAGAACUGAAGAUCAUCACUCCGAGUCCAGAGUAUCAUAUCAAGAGUUCUUGAAUAAUGUUUACUCUGUUUUCAAUGAUAAGGGAUUGGAAAAAUUUCCAACUAAGAAAUUCCAUCAACAAAACAAUAUUGUCAAGCUUAAUAGAAAGAAUUUAGAGAGCGAAAAGGAAGAAAAAUGUAACGAUGUUAUUAACAAGGUCAGUGAGAUUGUAAGCAACAGAAGAGUUUUCAUGAAACCAUUCUUCCAAGAUUUUGAUAAAACAAAGAAGGGUACCUACUCCACCGAUCACGUUACAAGGGCCAGAUUCGAGAGAGCCCUUCACAUGUCUGGUAUCAAUUUAACUCAAGAUGAAUAUACUAUUCUUGAAGAAAAAUAUGACGAUCUUGGUAAGGGAGAUGUAAACUACAAAAUGUUCCUCGAGGAUGUUGAUGAAAUUUUGCAAAAUAGUAACUUUAAUACUCGUGACUAUGAUGUUAAACUUAUUGGUAAUCUCCCAAAGAAGGAGAGAGGUCCAAAGGGAGAAAAGGAGCUAGAUGAAUUACUUGAGGAUAUUUCGUUCAAGUCCCUUGUUAAUAGAAUAAGAUUGGAAGAGUUUAUGAGAGAUUUUGACCCUCUUAGAAGUCAUGAAAUUACAGAGAAACAAUUCAGAAGUGCUUUAAAUAUGGGAGGUAUUGAUAUGACAGAUAAGGAGAACGAACAACUCAUUUCAGAAUUUAAGAGUCCAACGAAGAAAGGAUUUGUUAACUAUAGAAAGUUUUGUGACACAAUUAACAGUGUAAUUACUGAAAAGAAUUUAGAAAAGGUUCCAACCAAAGAAUUGGUUUCUCCUCUCGAUUUUACUUUAAAUUCCAUGCAAAAACGUGGUCCACAAAAAGCAUACACACCAAUGGAGGACAAGCUCGAUGAGUUACUUGGCAAACUUCAAUAUGCAGUGAAGACAAGAGGUAUUGCUAUGAAAGUAAAUUUCGAAGAUUUUGAUAAGUUAAGAAGAGGAAAAAUAAGCGAAACACAGUUUAUACAGUGUCUUGAUAAGCUUUUUAAUUUCCUCACCCAAGAAGACUACAGGUUACUUCAAAAUGCCUAUUUUGAACCAACUUCAGGCUAUGUAAACUAUUUCAAGUUUAUUCAAGAUGUCGAUAAGAAUGAACGUGUUGACAGAACCCAUCAAUCUGUCUAUGUAAAGGAAUUAGAGUUGGCCGUUUCUCAAAACUUUAUUAACCCUGAUGUGCCAAAACAAAUUCCUACAGAGAUAUCAAAUGUUAUCUAUAAGGCCACGUCUGAUAUUGUUAAGAGUAGAACCAGAUUGAAAGAAUUCUUUGCUGAUUUUGAUAAAUUGAGACACAAUGUCGUUCCAAAGGCAAAGUUUAGAACUGCUCUUAGCAUGGCUAAAUUGAAUCUUUCAGAACAAGAAAUUCAAUUGUUGGAAGAUUAUUACAAGGUUGAUGCUCACCCAGAUUUGAUAAGUUAUACAUCACUUUGUGAAGAAGUUGAUAGAGCUUUUGUUGAAAAUAGACUUGAAAAAUUCCCAACAAAGACUGCAGAAUCAUUCCAAGCUCGUCCAAGCUAUCCUCUUAAAUCUCAUAUUCCAGAAAUCUCAAACGAAGUAGAUGGUAAUGAAUUGAAUGCAAUCCUUAAAAAGGUUGCCACUAAGGCUGCUGUUAUGCAACAAAUUUUAACUGCCUACUUCCAAGACUAUGACAAGCUGAGAAAACUUCGUGUUACCAAAACUCAAUUUGCUUCUAUUCUCGAUUUCUUAAAGUUCCACUUGAAUGACAAGGAACUCAGAGUGUUACAAAAGCAUUACGAAGAUGAAAGAGGCGAUAUUGAUUACCACACAUUCUGUAAGGAAAUUGAUGCUGUUGUCCUCACUUUGUAAAUACUGAUAAAUAAACCUUAAAACUAUUUCU